AUGCCUCGGGGACAGAAGAGUAAGCUUCGUGCUCGUGAGAAACGCCGCCAGGCCCGAGAAGAGAGUAAGGAUCCAGUGGGUGCUCAGGCCACUGUAUCAGAGGAAGAAGAAUCCCCUUCUCUCCCAUCUCCUGGUGUCAAAGAUGAUUCUCAGAGUUCACCUGCCAGUGGAACACCCAGCGAUCCUCAAGUGCUUGGGGAAGUCCACUCCACCACUUCUAGUGCUGAGGCUGCUUCAAGCACAAGAGUUCCUGAAGAUGCUAACAAUCAAUUGGAGGAAGCGCUAAAUGCCUUACAUGCCAAUGAUAUCGCUGAAUAUUGGUACAGAGGCCCUUUGGAUGAAAAGGUGGUUGUGUUGGUGCACUACCUGCUGUACAAAUAUCAAAGAAAGGAGCCCAUUACCAAGGUAGAUAUGCUAAGAAAUGUAAUCCAGGUUUACAAGCAUAACUUCCAUGAGAUCUUCAAGAGAGCUUCGGAGCACUUGGAGCUGGUAUUUGGCCUUGAUGUGAAGGAAAUGGAUCCCAACAGAAAUACGUAUGUCCUCAUCAACAAACUGGAACUAAGCUGUGAUGCGAAAGAACAGAGAGGUGUCCCCAAGACAGGUGUGCUGAUGACAAUCUUGGGCGUGAUCUUCAUGAAAGGCAACCGCGCCACUGAAGAGGAAGUCUGGAAAGUGCUGAAUAUGAUGGGGUUACAUGAUGGGAGGAAGCACUUCAUCUUUGGGGAUCCCAAGAAGCUCGUCACAGAAGAUUUGGUGAAAGAUGAUUACCUUGUGUACCGCCAGGUGCCUGACUGUGAUCCUCCAUGCUACGAGUUCCUGUGGGGUCCAAGAGCCCACUGUGAAACCACCAAGAUGAAAGUCCUAGAGUUUGUGGCCAAGGUUAAUCAUACUACCCCCAGUGCCUUCCCACGCUAUUAUGAAGAGGCUUUGAGAGAUGAGAAAGAGAGAGCCCAAGCCAGAUCUACAGCCAGGGCUCGAAUUGCUGCCAUGGCCAGUGCACGCUCCAAGGCCAUUGCCAGCAGCCUUUCCUCCCCCAAGUAA